AUGGCUGACCAGCUAAGUGUGCUCAAAGGAAAGGGCAAUACCGCUCUCAAGAAUGGGCAGAUUGAUGACGCGGAAAAAUAUUACCUCCUUGCUUUGGGGGCGGAACACGUGACCGAGGACUCUAUGCUUCGAAGGCAGAUUCAGCAGAACUUGGCGCUUUGUAAAAUCAAGCGAGGAGCUUGGCAGGAGUGCGUGGACAUUUGCACGACGCUGAUCUCCCAGGGCUGCGGGGACAUCGCCAAGGUGCAGUAUCGGAUGGGCCUGGCGCUGGCCAAGCUGGGACGGAAGCUCGACGCUUUGGGCCACAUCGAGAAGGCUCGCCAUCUUGAGCCGACGGACAAAGCAAUUGAGCAACUCCUGGACAGUGUGCGCAGCAUCGAGCCGAAUGAGCAGACGGCCCCAGUGCCCAUUUUGGCGCUGAUGGCUGUUCACAUGAGCAGCACUGCUCGGUAUGAGCAUUUCCGGUCCUGCCUCAAAUCGAUUGAGGAUCAGACCGUUGCCCCAACUCUAGGAAUAUCAUGGAGUGCCACAAGUGAGGAGAUUGCAAGCAAAGUUCGUGCCCUGUUGGAAGUUGCGAGGCCUGCGUGCUGCAAGAUCUGUCUAGAGCAGCCCCGACGGUUGUCGCAGUUUCAGCACUAUCGAAUUCUGACAGAGCGGCUCGUAGCCACCCAGUCUGCAAGCACACCCUGCUGGGUCGUGUUUUCUGAUGACGACGAUUUUUGGGAUCCACAGCGCAUAGAGGCUUGCGCUCAUGAGGCUGGAGGUUUUGAUGCCGAGUCAUCAGUACAAUCUGUGGUCUUCCCAUGGUUUGCAACGCGCCCGGAUGGAAUCCGUCCUUCUUCAGUAGAGGACAUUGAGGACGGACUCCGAAAGGGAGUGGUGCAGAUAAAGGGUGGCUUAUCCCAGGAAGAAAGGAAGGGUGCAACUGUCCCAUUAAGUGAGGACGAGUAUUGGAUGUAUGUUGUACGCCUUCAAGUUCAUGAGAAGUUUUUUGAACAGGCCAGCGACACACUGCUGGCAUGUGAGUUCUGUGACAUGGCAUAUAAGUCGUUUGUGAGGUCGUUCCAGAAAAUUGAUGGAGGGACGAUUUCUAUCUGCUUCCAUCCGGAUUUGCCGUGGAUGUACUUUUACCACUACGAUGAGACAAAGCAAGCUUCAUCGUCUGCAUCGUCGUCAAUGCAGGACGGGCCGACGGUAGCGGACCAAAGAGCAGCCGCCAGGCUGUUGCCAAGCCUUGCCACGAUCCCUGGGUGUGGACUCGAUACUGCGGAGGACGCAGCCUAUGCUUCGGCACUAAUUCGCAGAUCUGUGGCUUUGUGGUUCUGCACUAAUUAUGCAUUUUUUCAGGAGCCUCACCUUCCAUUAUGUGAGUCAUUCGUCAACUAUUUCUCCAACUUCAUGCCAGUCCGUGCCCGGGACAAGGUAUCAACCCAAGCAGUGAAUUGGUUUCUGCUUGUUGCCCAACCUCCUUGGAGUCAUCUGCAGCGUCUGGGAGCCACUUCAGACUUCAGCUCCUUGGAGCAGACGUGCAAAGAGAAGGCAGCUGCCGCCAUGAGCACUUCAAAGCUGUUGGGAUUGGGUUGCCAAAGGCCUUGA